AUGCCCGAUCAAUGGUUCUCUCUCUCUCUCUCUCUCUCUUCUGUCACUGCUGGCGCAUUUUAGUGUCCGAAGAGGCAAACUCCUUCAGAGAGAGAAAUGGACGUCGAACAAAAUGACGGGCAAACCCUAACAUCCGAUCUGCAAGCUUUGUCGGUAUCGGAUCCAUUGUCGAACCAGUUCAGCUCUUUGAACGAUCUCUGCUACGAAGCCUCAUCUCUGCAGGAACUAGCUUCUCGAGGUUCAUGGCGGUCGAUCCUCGACAAGGUUGUCCGAGCUCGAAAACUCUCUCUUCUACAAAAACCCCACGAACACUUGAUCUAUCUUUGCUACAACGUUCUUGCCCUGACUAAGCUUCGUAAAUAUGGUGAAGCCUCCGAGGAACUCGACUCCCUUGAGGAUUUCGAUUCUGCUCGCUACAAGUACGAAACGCAUCCGGAACAUUACCCCAACCGAUCUGGUUCUAUGGUUCCUUUUGCGCUUCGGUGGAUUCACGCGGAGAUACCGCAGAGGUUAGGGAAGCGGCAAGAAACCCUAGAUAGGUUGUAUUCUCUACUUGAUUUCGUUCGGACAAAAUUGAAAGAGAAAGAAUCGAAAAACAUGAACUUCUGUGUCGAUCGUUGGAAGAAAAGAGAAGCCUUUCUGAUAAGUUCGAUCUCCAGUCACCAUUUGAGUCAUAAGGAAUUUAGUGUCUGCUUGGCGUUGCUUAGGCAGUUGCUUAACAGUGAUCCUUCAAAUCCGAUCUUAUUAUCCAAGCUUGGUUACAUACAAAUGCAACUUGGAGAUCUGGAGGGAUCCAAGGCAUUGUUCAAUCGAGUUGAAACCUUGAUGACGGAAGGUAAUCCGGGAGCGUUAUUGGAUGAGGUACAAUUUAAGAAUCUCGUUAAUAGGAAUAAGGCUCUGAUAUAUUUGGUGGGAAAGGAUUAUGUUUCUGCCGUUAGAGAGUACGAGGAGUGCAUUGAGAGAGAUCCAACCGAUGUGGUGGCAAUCAAUAACAAAGCUUUGUGCUUGAUGUAUUUGAGGGAUCUCUCGGAUUCGAUCAAGGUGUUGGAGAAUGCAUUAGAGAGGAUUCCGACCGUGGCUCUGAAUGAAACUAUAGUCGUGAAUUUGUGUAGCAUGUAUGAAUUGGCUUAUGUUAAUCAUUCUGACAUCAAGAGGACGCUCAGUAACUGGAUUGCUCGAGUUGCCCCUGAUGAUUUUGAUUCAUCUUGUACCCGAAUUUGAGUAUCAUGCUCUCUCCCUCUUGAUAUCAUGGAUGUAUUCAAGAACAACAUGGUUGCUCCUAGCACAAAGGGGAAAGAUAAUAUAGAAGUAUACAAUGGCUGCAAUCCUAUGGGGCGUUUAAAAUGAAAUAAAUGCUAUUAUUUUCAACUAGGAGAAAAGGCUGUAACAGACUGACCUCAUUGCAAUGAAGGUAGCCCAUUGGAUUUCCACAAUUCAACUUAAAAGGGAUCUUCGUUGACUCUAUUCUGCAUUAGUAGAAAGUAGUAGUUGGCUUUGCACAGAAAAUUGGGCCUAUACAGGACUGGAUUGCUUAGGGUGAUGGGAUCAUCAAUUUUAAUUUUGGUUUUUGAGGAUGCUCUUUAGGUGAUUUCAGCCUUUUAAGUGUUGGUGGUGUCUUUAAAGACUGAGUGAACUAUUCUUGUAAGCUUUUCAGACCCAAUGGAAGAGGCCAAUUCUCCAAGGGCUGAAUUUCUUGCUUUGCUGCAAUUAUUAAAGUUCACUUUUUAUUCAAGGUGAUUGAAUUUGGUUGUGGAGAGUUAUUUGCUAGAUGGUGAAUGACUGGAUGUUGGCAGCUGCACAAGGUCCAUUUUCUUAUUAGAGAGGGUUAGAUUAUUAGCUCUAACUGCGAACAGCUUGUUCAUUUGGAUCCUCCAGGACUUCUGUGGCCAAACUAGGCCCAGGGAUAUACAAGCACUAAAUUAACAACCUGUAUUGGUUCUACUUUUUUUCCCUUCCUGCUGGUUGGGUGAGCUUCAUGCUGUUUAUGUUGUAUUAUUGUGUUUGACUCCUGUUAGUUAUAAGACCUAACAGCAGAGAACAGUUUUCUCUCAUUAAACAAAUUCCUAUUUGUGUAUGAGAGAGAGAGAGAGAGAGAGAGAGACCAUCCUUGCUUGUCAUAGCCUUAAAGAAUGGGGAUGGAAAUGAAAUAGCAUAGAACUCGAAAACUUAUAACUGACUUCUGGCUAUCGGUAUGGUUAAGAGAAAUACGUGUGGCAUUUCAGUUGUAACCAUCUUGCAUCCAAAUAGGCCCUAAAGUCUCUCAUUUUUAAUCUCUAGUAUGCCAUCUACAAGAUGACAACACAAUUUAUGUUUUUGAGGUAAAUAAUCACUCGUACAUUUUAAAACUGAUAUGAAUCGUUUUGUUAGUCAAACUGGAUUUGAGAUUGUCAUCUUAAAGUGGCGGGAAUUGCAUACUUGUCUCCAAAAUCCAAAUCACUUUGGUAUGACAGGUGGUGCUUCAUGCAGUUGAAGAAACAUCAUUGGUGUCUUCUCAGACCUCAAAUUUGCAUGAACAUUAAGCUGCACGAUGCCUGGCCAUCAUCUGCAGCAUUUCUUCAGUGUUCAGAAGUUUAAUCUCUUGUCACUUUUUAUUCCAUAUCAUUGUUCAAAAUAUGGCAACAUUUUGCUGCAUAUUAUAUGAUAUGUAUUAGUUUUUGAACCCACUGAAACGCCAUUUAAAGGGUUUCAAGGGGCCUCUAGGACCUAACACCAAAAGGGCAGCCUGAAAAAAUUAGAAAAAAAGAGUAUCGUAGCU